AUGAGGUACCGACUUCUCCUCUUCCUCCAAAUGAUAAACCUGAUAUCAUCUGGAGUCUUACCUCCUCGAAAACGAUUCCCAGACGCUAUAAUCGUUGGAGUUAAAAAAUCCGGGACCAGAGCUCUUCUAGAGUUUCUCAGGAUCAACCCACUCAUCAAGGCGCCCGGUCCUGAAGUGCAUUUUUUUGACAAAAAUUUCAAUAAAGGAUUGGAAUGGUAUAGGGAACAAAUGCCGGAAACGAGAAUUGGCGAAGUGACGAUUGAGAAGAGUCCAGCAUAUUUUCAUAGCAAAAUGGCACCGGAGAGGAUAAAAUCGCUGAAUCCAAAUACCAAAAUCAUCAUUGUGGUUAGAGAUCCAGUGACGAGAGCUAUAUCAGACUACACUCAAUCGUCAAGCAAAAGAAAACGAGUUGGUCUUAUGCCAAGUUUCGAGACAAUGGCUGUUGGAGAUUGUGCGAAUUGGCUCCGAGCCAACUGUACCACUAAAACAAGAGGAGUCAAUGCUGGUUGGGGAGCAAUCCGAAUCGGUGUCUACCACAAGCACAUGAAACGGUGGUUGGAUCAUUUCCCAAGUCAGAAUAUCCAUAUAGUAGAUGGAGAGAAACUGAUAUCAAAUCCAGCUGAUGAGAUUAGCGCCACCGAGAAGUUUUUAGGAUUGUCACCAGUCGCCAAACCAGAAAACUUCGGCGUGGAUCCAAUCAAAAAAUUUCCUUGCCUCAAAAACGACGAUGGAAAACUGCACUGUUUGGGGAAAACCAAAGGAAGGCACCACCCAGACGUCGAGCCUUCUGUCAUGAGGGCAUUGAAGGAAUUCUAUGGUCCGGAGAAUAAAAAGUUUUACCAACUGGUGAAUCACUGGUUCGAUUGGUGA